GAUCGCGUCUCCUCUUUCGAUCCCAGACCCGCUGCUGCUCCCGAGAGCGCCCGGCGCGUCCGUCCAGCCCGUCGCCCGCAGCCCGUCGCCCGCCCGCUGCUCGCCGCGGCCUCGCACCGGCACCGACACCCGCACUGACACCUCCGCGCCGGCCCGCCGCCUCCCUCGCUGCCUUUCCGGCUCCACACAUGGCCUCCUCCGCGCAGAGCGGCGGCUCCGGGGGACCCGCGGUCCCCACCGUGCAGCGGGGCAUCGUCAAGAUGGUCCUGUCAGGGUGCGCCAUCAUCGUCCGAGGGCAGCCUCGUGGUGGGCCUCCGCCUGAGAGGCAGAUCAACCUGAGCAACAUCCGAGCUGGAAACCUCGCCCGCCGGGCAGCAGCAGCUCAGCCUGAUGCAAAAGAUACACCUGAUGAGCCCUGGGCAUUUCCUGCUCGAGAGUUCCUUCGGAAGAAGCUGAUUGGGAAGGAAGUCUGUUUCACGAUAGAAAAUAAGACCCCCCAGGGACGAGAGUAUGGUAUGAUCUACCUUGGAAAAGAUACCAAUGGGGAGAACAUUGCAGAGUCUCUGGUUGCAGAGGGCUUGGCCACACGGAGAGAAGGCAUGAGAGCUAUUAAUCCUGAGCAGACCCGGCUUUCGGAAUGUGAAGAGCAAGCAAAGGCAGCCAAGAAAGGGCUGUGGAGUGAGGGGAAUGGCUCCCAUACCGUCCGGGACCUCAAGUAUACCAUCGAGAACCCACGGCACUUUGUGGAUGCGCACCACCAGAAGCCUGUCAACGCUAUCAUCGAGCACGUGCGGGACGGCAGUGUGGUCAGGGCCCUGCUCCUCCCAGACAACUACCUGGUUACCGUCAUGCUGUCAGGGAUCAAGUGCCCAACCUUUCGACGGGAGGCAGAUGGCAGUGAAACACCAGAGCCUUUCGCUGCAGAAGCCAAAUUUUUUACCGAGUCUCGACUGCUUCAGAGAGAUGUUCAGAUCAUCCUGGAGAGCUGUCACAACCAGAAUAUUCUGGGUACCAUCCUUCAUCCGAAUGGCAACAUCACAGAGCUGCUGCUAAAGGAAGGCUUUGCACGCUGUGUGGAUUGGUCGAUUGCAGUUUAUACUCGGGGUGCAGAAAAGCUGAGGGCAGCUGAGAGGUUUGCCAAGGAGCGCAGGCUGAGAAUAUGGAGAGACUAUGUGGCUCCCACUGCUAAUUUGGACCAAAAGGAUAAGCAGUUUGUGGCCAAGGUGAUGCAGGUGUUGAAUGCGGAUGCCAUUGUUGUGAAACUAAACUCUGGUGACUACAAGACCAUCCAUCUGUCCAGCAUCCGGCCACCAAGGCUGGAGGGGGAGAACACACAGGAUAAGAACAAGAAGCUCCGUCCUUUGUAUGACAUUCCUUACAUGUUUGAAGCCCGGGAAUUUCUUCGGAAGAAGCUUAUUGGGAAAAAGGUCAAUGUGACUGUGGACUACAUUAGACCAGCCAGCCCAGCCACAGAGACAGUGCCUGCCUUUUCAGAGCGUACCUGUGCCACGGUUACCAUUGGAGGAAUAAACAUUGCUGAGGCCCUUGUCAGCAAAGGUCUGGCCACAGUGAUCAGAUACCGACAGGAUGACGAUCAGAGGUCCUCUCAUUACGACGAGCUGCUGGCAGCAGAGGCCAGAGCUAUUAAGAAUGGCAAAGGAUUGCACAGCAAGAAAGAGGUGCCCAUCCACCGUGUUGCAGACAUCUCGGGGGAUACCCAAAAAGCAAAGCAGUUCCUGCCCUUUCUCCAGCGGGCAGGUCGCUCUGAAGCUGUGGUGGAAUACGUCUUCAGCGGUUCUCGUCUCAAGCUAUAUUUGCCAAAGGAAACUUGCCUAAUCACCUUCUUGCUUGCCGGCAUUGAAUGCCCCAGAGGAGCCCGAAACCUCCCAGGCUUGGUGCAAGAGGGGGAGCCCUUCAGUGAAGAAGCCACACUUUUCACCAAGGAACUGGUGCUGCAACGAGAGGUGGAGGUGGAGGUGGAGAGCAUGGACAAGGCUGGCAACUUCAUCGGCUGGCUGCACAUCGAAGGCGCCAACCUGUCCGUCUUGCUGGUGGAGCACGCACUCUCCAAGGUCCACUUCACUGCAGAGCGCAGCUCCUACUACAAAUCCCUGCUGUCCGCAGAGGAGGCCGCCAAGCAGAAGAAAGAGAAGGUCUGGGCCCACUAUGAGGAGCAGCCCGUGGAGGAGGUGGUACCCGUGCUGGAGGAGAAGGAGCGCUCGGCCAGCUACAAGCCAGUGUUCGUGACCGAGAUCACCGACGACUUGCACUUCUAUGUGCAGGAUGUGGAGACGGGCACCCAGCUGGAGAAGCUGAUGGAGAACAUGCGCAAUGACAUUGCCAGCCACCCGCCUGUGGAGGGCUCCUACGCCCCCCGCCGGGGGGAAUUCUGCAUUGCCAAAUUUGUAGAUGGAGAAUGGUACCGCGCCAGAGUAGAGAAGGUCGAAUCUCCAGCCAAAGUACAUGUCUUCUACAUCGACUAUGGCAACAGAGAGAUCCUGCCGUCCACCCGCCUGGGUACCCUGCCACCCGCCUUCAGCACGCGUGUGCUGCCGGCUCAAGCCACGGAGUAUGCCUUCGCCUUCAUCCAGGUGCCCCAGGACGAGGAUGCCCGAACAGACGCCGUGGACAGCGUGGUGCGGGACAUCCAGAACACCCAGUGCCUCCUCAAUGUGGAGCACCUGACAGCCGGCUGCCCCCACGUCACCCUGCAAUUUGCUGACUCCAAGGGGGACGUGGGGCUGGGCUUGGUGAAGGAGGGCCUGGUCAUGGUGGAGGUGCGCAAAGAGAAACAGUUCCAGAAAGUGAUCACAGAAUACCUGAAUGCCCAGGAGUCAGCCAAGAGUGCCAGGCUGAACCUGUGGCGCUAUGGAGACUUCCGAGCCGACGACGCGGAUGAGUUUGGCUACGGCCGCUAAGGAGAGAAUGGGGCCCAGCCCAUGCCACCCUCGCCAGUACCACCUCCACUGCUAGAGGGUGUUUUCAGCUCCAUACCCCAGAGAUGGGGUGUAGAUUGGGUCCAGCUUUGCUUCAGUGUAUGGAAAUGUCCUGUAGGGCAGUGUCCUGGCUGGGGGUAGGGUGGGGGACAGGCCAUUGUCUUCUGGGAUGACCAGCACUGCCCUCCACAGUUCCCCCAGCUGAUUUUCUGUUUUUAUUAUUUGGGGGUUUGUGUUUUUUUUUAAAAAUCGUCCUCCAAUCAGGAAGAACAAUGAAAGACUUUGUCCAAAUGGAAGGCAUAAUCCUGGCACCCCUGGCCAGCUGGUACCCCACUUCUGUCCCAGACUGCCCUUCCCAGCUCUCUGUCCAGCUGUUGAUUAUGUGACUUCAGAUACAUCCAUUCUCAAAUGUCAGUGUGUCCACAUCUGCCCCUUCGCCAGCCCUCCCCUUCUGUAUUUAAAGCUUUGAGACCCAAUAAAAUAGUCCACGCUAUCUGCAACCUUACUGGCCAUCCAGAGCCCGAAUUUGCAGUGACCCCAGCCAGGAGGAGACCUGGGUACUUGAAUACCUCCCCAGACCAGUAGUGAUCCACAUGCCUGCCCACACUCCCUGGAAACAGCUCACUGGAGGAAGCCAGGCAGCCCUUCAGAGUGCAGAGCAACUUCUGGGGCCUGGUGGUGUCAUGCAGAGGGCCGGGAUUCUCUGACUCGCCAGACUGCCCAGGACUGUCCACAUGUGGAAGGUUGGGCUUAGUCCUGCCAGGCCCAGGCAUGGAGCUGCUGGCCUGCCCUUCACAAUCUUGCCAAACUCCCAGCUGGUGUCCAGGAGGGUCUUGUUGAGGGAAAUGAGGUGACUUCACUCUCCCUGCUGUGGCAGGAGUACAGGCUGCAGAGAAAGUCUUCAGGUCGAG